GUGGGUGCCCAGCCAGCCGCCACCACUCUCCGCUCUGCCUUCAGAGCUGGGCAGCUGGAGAGCAGCGGCUGCUGCCCUUACUUCUGCACUGUUGCUGGCAGCGGCGCUACCAUCAGAACUGGGUGCCCAGCCAACAGCUACUGCUCUCCACUCUGCCUUCAGUCUGUGUAUGAAUCAGAACUGGAAGUUGAACUUGAACAAACAAGAACUUGAAAGGAAGAUGUGAACGUGUGGAAACGAAAGGUGUACUGUAAGUUACAGUUUAAAGCUAAAAGAAGUCAACAUGGAAGCAAAAAAGAAAAAAUGCAAAUGCAAAGUGUUUCUUACACUAGAGCAACAUGUUAAAGCAAUAUCACAACUAGAAGCUGGUACCAGUGGCCGUUAAAUUGCCAGACAGUUUGGAGUUGGAAAAACAUAAAUCCAAAAUCUGUUACGACGGGAGGCAGAAAUCCUCGCUGAUUAUGAGUCAAAUGCAAAUUCUUCAAAGAAAAUUAAAUGUGCCAAAACUGGAAAUGAAGAAGUCAAAUUUGUAUGUAUAGUUGGGAUUUUUUCCCCCAAUGUGCAUUAGCUACAUGUACGAUGGCCACUGUCUGCUUCUCCAGCACUGCGUGUAAAUCUGUCUAGAUGUCUUGGGAGACCUGCACCCUUUACACACAGCAGGUAAUUCACCACAUGGUUCUCCUGGUCAUCACAAACCCAACUAUAUAUUUCUAAUAACUGAAUCCUCCAUACUAUUACCUGUCUCUUCCUAAUAACUGAGUUCCUGCCCCUGGAGGGUAUUCUCAGCGCGAGAGGAUACCACAAUGACAGCUGGAAGGAGGGUCCCAAGUAAAUGAUCAUUCCCUCUACUCUCGUUUGAUGUUCUCCUUCCCAAAGCCUUUCAUCUACCUGAAUAGCACAGAGGCUGUCAGAGUACGGGGGGACAGUUCUACUGUGUCCCAGAAAGUCUUGUCUAUGUACUUCUCUGUCUGCCUUAGCUCCUCCGGUUCCGCCACUGUGGUCUCAAGAGCCUGAUUUGGUCUCUGAGAGCCAUGAGCUGUUUGUACCAAAUGUGCACACACAUGCCACCUGCCCACAAGGCUGGUGAUCAUACAUGCUGCAUUCAGUGCAAUAAACUGGAUAGCCCAGCCCCCUCUCUGCUGCUGGACUUCUGCCUGCAUUAUUUUUACUUUUGCAACUUUUUGUUUAGUUUCUUUGGCAGGUGUUUAUUGGCCUAAGUUUAAAAAUAUGUUUAUUAGGUGUAUCUGGCUUUCACGCUCCCUCUCUAAGCUCCCAUGUUUGUGCUCCUGUUCGCUAUCUCCUCUGGUUGCUUAGGAACUGGCUUUUUAAACCCCUGUUCUCUCUGAGUAGUCCUGCCCCCUUGUCAAGGGACCCUAAAUGGAUCAGGAAACAAAGGAUGGUAGACUAGAGCCUCAUUAGGAAGCUCUCAGCCUUGCCUAGCAGGCUGCUAGGCUCAGCACACAGCCCCCCAAACAGACUGAGGCCUGGUCUACACUACGACUUUAAUUCGGAUUUAUCAGCUUUAAUUCGAAUUUACCCUGCAACCGUCCACACAACGACGCUAUUUAUUUCGAUGUAAAGGGCCCUUUACAUCGAUUUCUGUACUCCACCCCGACGAGCGGAGUAGCACCAAAAUCGAUUUUAACAUUUCGAAUUAGGGAUAGUGUGGCCGCAAUUCGAUGGUAUUGGCCUCCGGGAGCUAUCCCACAGUGCAUCAUUGUGACCGCUCUGGACAGCAAUCUAAACUCGGAUGCACUGGCCAGGUAGACAGGAAAAGCCCCGCGAACAUUUGAAUUUCAUUUCCUGUUUGCCCAGCGUGGAGAGCACAGGUGACCACAGAUAGCUCAUCAGCACAGGUAACCAUGCAGGCUGAUAAUCGAAAAAGAGCACCAGCAUGGACCGUAUGGGAGGUACUGGAUCUGAUCGCUGUAUGGGGAGAGGAUUCAGUGCUUGCAGAACUUCGUUCUAAAAGACGAAAUGCCAAAACUUUUGAAAAAAUCUCCAAGGGCAUGAUGGAGAGAGGCCACAAUAGGGACUCAGAUCAGUGCCGCGUGAAAGUCAAGGAGCUCAGACAAGACUAUCAAAAAACAAAGGAGGCAAACGGUCGCUCCGGGUCAGAGCCGCGGACAUGCCGCUUCUACGCCGAACUGCAUGCAAUUCUAGGGGGGGCUGCCACCACUACCCCACCUGUGAUCGUGGAUUCCGGGUCGGGGAUAGUCUCAUCAGCUACACCUGAGGAUUCUGCCGAUGGGGGAGAGGAGGAGGAGGAGGAGGAUGAGCUUGCAGAGAGCACACAGCACUCCGUUCUCCCCAACAGCCAGGAUCUUUUUCUCACCCUGACUGAAGUACCCUCCCAACCCUCCCAAGCCAGUACCCAAGACCCUGACCCCAUGGAAGGGACCUCAGCAGCUGCAAAUUCAUCAAGCCUUCCUCCUCCAUCCCGAAGGCUAUCACAGAUAAGGCGUCGUAAGAAGAGAACGCGAGACGAGAUGUUUUCUGAAAUUAUGGAAUCCAGCCGCAGUGACAGAGCUCAUCUGAAUGAGUGGAAGGAAACGGUUUCAAAGUAUAGAAAAGAAGCCAGUGAACGUGAGGACAGGAGGGACCAACGUGAGGACAGGAGGGACCAACGUGAGGAGAGGAGAGACGCUCGAGAUGAGAGGUGGCGGCAGGAAGAUCAGAGGAGGCAGGAUGCAACGCUGGGGCUGCUGUGUGAGCAAACAGACAUGCUCCGGCGUCUGGUGGAGCUUCAGGAACGGCUGCAGGAAAACAGACUGCCGCUACAGCCCCUGUUCCACCCUCCCCCCUCCCCAUGUUCCGUAUCCUCCUCACCCAGACGUGUAAGAAUGCGGGGGGGAAGGCUCCGUACACCUUCCCAUUCCACCCCAGUAGACAGCCCAAGCAAAAGGCUGUCAUUUUUUUUAACCUUUUUUUAGUGGCCUUUUCCUUCCCACCGAUCCUCCUCCCAAAUCCCACCCGGGUUCCCUCCCUCUUUUUCUAAUCUAUUAAUAAAGAAUAAAUGAUUUUUAAAUGAUA